CUUCAGGUAGACAAGAUGGAUCGUAGAAUUAUUCAGAUUCUGCAGAGUAAUGGGCUACCGAUGAAGCCAGUAGAGAUAGGAAAGCUUUGUGGUGUUGCGAACAAAUCCGAUCUUAAUCAUCUUCUCUAUGGCAUGAAGGCUCGAGGACUGCUGAACAAAGAACAGGAUGUACCACCACUGUGGACUGUUGCUGUCGGGGAAUCGGCUGGUACUGGUCCUCCUGUGAAGACAUCAAAACAGCAGUUGUCUGCAAGGAACCAUCAUGACUUAAACGGUGCACUGCCAAAUAAACACCUACAGACUAGAAGCUUUACGGAGUAUAGAACUCCACCGAAACCAUACAGUGACUCUGAUGACUCUGGCAGUGAAGGCAACAAUGUAAGCCACACCAGUGCACCCCGAACCGAGCAACCAGACUACGAAACUGCAAGUACUACGCAUCAAGUAUCCGAGCUGGAAACCAAGGUCCUUAAACAUCUCUCUUCCUGCAAAGGCAAUAGCAAUCAUACACUACUCAUCGCAAAAGCGAUUGGUUUGCGAACGAAGAGUGACGUUAACCGCGCACUAUACGCUCUCGCGAAAAAAGGCCUGAUCUUACAAUGCUGCGACAAUUCGAAAAUAACCUGGGCUCUUGCUGAAGCAGGGAUAAAGCUUACUGCUGCAACGUCUACCCAAUGCGAAGGUGGCACGUUGGAAGCACAAGUACAACUUAGACCAGCGUGCGAAAGCACACAUCAAAGCCUGCAGCCGUCAUUCGAUGCACGUUCGCAGCCACCUUACAUUCCUGGUCGACAACCUGGGUCUUAUCCCCGCCCCGACACCGAAGCCGCAUUUACACCCACUAAUCAGGGAGCGUGGAGCGACGGCACGACGUACAGUCCAGCUGCCGCACCGGCAUCGACUGGCAAUACGUUCACAGCAGCGCAAGCCGCAGCCAGUUGGAACUUGUGUCAUGUGGCACAGGCUGAGCCACCACCACUGCCCUCUCUAAUGCUCCAGACGGAUGACCGAUACAACAUAUUGCUCGGAAACAUUCCGUCGUCUCAGCGUAGCGUGGCACAAAACAUGCCGUCAAUUUGGUCCAGUACUGGAUUAGAAGCCUGCAUGUCCAGUGAACCUGUCACUGGUGUUUCGAUGUGCAGCCCGAGUGAUCACAACUCUGGUAGCCACAUAUCGGCGACGGUUGCCGCGGCGACGCUGUCACUGCCGCGUGUCAACUCCUUGGACGUGCUCACUAGCGCCACCUUCGCCGCGCUAAACAAGAACCCGAUUAGCGCACUGACGGAGUACGGGCAGGCCCGCCGCGUCGCUGUCGCCCUGGAUGUCGUCCGGUCGUGGGGUCAGCCUCACUGUCCAAGCUUUGAGGUGGCAGCUAAAGUAGAUGGAAGGCAAUUUCCAAGUGUUACUGCCAAGACGAAGAAAGAUGGCAGGCGAAUGGCUGCUGAUUUGGCUAUGCGUGCGCUUAUGGCUGAGGGCCUCUACCAACCGAAAGGACCAGUGGAUGCCAGCAUCAUACAGCAACUGGAACAGGGCACAUGGGCUGAUCGAGUUGCAGCUCAAUGUCACUCUACAUUCACCCACCUAACAGCUGAAAUUCAGGAGUCACUAGCAGGAAGAAAGGUGUUGGCGGCAAUCGUUAUGAAAAGGGAGUUGACUGAUCAAGGAACAGUCGUUGCUAUGGGCACUGGUAAUCGUUGCAUCACGGGAGAAAGAAUGAGCCUGGAGGGGCAGGUUGUCAAUGACUCUCAUGCAGAAGUUAUUGCAAGAAGAAGCCUCGUAAGGUUUCUCUACAAGCAACUAGACUUGUAUGCUAGGGACCCAGCACAUUCCAUUCUACAACCAAGCAUUGCAGGUGACCUUCUAAAGGUGAAGGAUGGACUCUGCUUUCACCUGUACAUCUCCACUGCACCAUGUGGAGAUGGAGCCAUAUUCUCUAUCUCUGACAAGGAGGACAAUUACAUGAAUGAUGAAAACACACAGGAACACAGGCCGAAAUUUAGCUCAAAAGCUGGUCAGCUCAGAACCAAGAUGGAGAAUGGGGAAGGAACGAUACCAAUAGAGGCAAACUUCACACAUCAGACUUGGGACGGCAUCGUGCGAGGGGAACGACUGCGUACUAUGUCGUGCAGUGACAAAAUAGCACGGUGGAAUGUUUUGGGCCUGCAAGGAGCAUUGCUGUCAAACUUCCUGGAACCCAUCUACUUGCAUUCCAUCACACUUGGUUAUCUGUACAAUCACGGUCAGUUGGCUAGAGCGGUCUGUUGCCGGAUUUCCCAACCCCAAGUCGAGCUUCAGCCUCCGUACAAGGUCAACCAUCCCUGGCUGGGUCGCAUCUCAAAAGCGGACGCUCUGAGAGAGACUGAGAAGACGAAGCAAACUAGCCUGAACUGGUGCAGUGACGAUGACCGAGUGGAGGUCACAGAUGGCAGCACGGGUCAAUGCACACUCUCCAGGGCUCUGGAUGAAACCUCCAUAUCACGAGUAGCCAAAUGCAAGCUGUACGAAAAAUUCAAAGAGACGUCUAACCUGUUUCAUAGGAUGGACCUCCUAGGAGCAGAAUGCUACUACAAGGCUAAACAAACGGCUACCUUGUACCAGCAGGCGAAGGCACAACUUUUCAAGUUGUUUUUGAACCGGGGAAUGGGAACGUGGAUAUGCAAACCUAUGGAAGAGAAGUUAUUCUAAAAGAAACUUCUCAUGUAUCUCAUUGGUUAGAGUUUGAGGAGGUAUUUAGUGCUAUUAGUAAUUAUACUUCAUUGUAAAAUGCCAUUUUUUACGAGUAUAUUUCGUUGAAUUUGAAAUUAAAAUUUUCAGUUAUGAUA